AUGGAGAGGAAAGUUUCACCUGAACAAAUCAAAGAUUUGCGAAAAAUCAUUGACCAACAACUAAGAUCGAAAGAUGUCUACAAUCAAAUAAGAGAAAUUUUGUCUGACUAUCUCAACAUGGACAAUUCUAAAUCGGAAGACGUUCAUUCCGAAGAGCAUGUAAGUAAAAUUGCAGCCUGCAUACAAAAUUUUGAGGUCACUGUUCUAAUGGUGCAGGUCCUUCAAUCUUUAAAGGAACGAGGAGUAGUAGAAGAAAUAAUCAAAUCACUUCAUUCUCACACAAACAAAUCGUCAGUGUUCAAUAAGGAUGUUCAGGGCAGCUCUAUUCUCGGAAAAAGAGAUUUAAAGAAAAAUAAGAUUUUACAUCUACGACUAGUUGGAGGGAAAGCAUUUAUGGAGUACGAUGACAACAUCAAAACCGACGAAAAAAUGAUUUGUUUUUUUAAUUAUAAGGACCAAAGAUUUGUUUCCCAGCCUGUCACAUGUUGCUGUAAUCCAGUUUUUGAAGAAGAUUUUGUUAUUGACUUGGAAAUUGAUUCUCUAAAGAAUGCAUUUGUUGAUCAACAGGAAAUUGAUGAUGAAGGAGUUGGUACUCUUUUGCAAAUUAACAAUCCCAUUGACAUCAUUGUUCUUACUGUGGACAACGAAGGUCGAACCAAAUACGUUGGGGGUCAUCGAUUGGAAUGGAGGAGGGUGCUCAAAAAAGGAGUGAUUCUAAUGACAGUGGAAUUGGGAGGAGGGUCAGGUAUUGAAUCAAAAGUUUCUAAAGGAGUCCUUGAAAUAAGGCUGGAAUUAUUACCUCGACCAUCAGUGUUUGUCACUGCAAACGAAAUUUCUCAACAGCUGAGUAUUGAGCGUAAUAGAGAUUUACAAGCUGAAAGAGAGUUUUACAUGUACUGCAAGCAAUGGUUCGAAGAAUAUUGUCAAAUCAGAGAAUCCCACAAGAGACGAGUUGUGAAGCUGUAUGCAGAAAUUGAAGACGGUUCAAGCGUUCCUGUUGUAAGCUUCAUUUCUCCUCUCAAAGCUGAUCGAUUGAUAAAUUCUCCCUCAGAGGCUGCACGGUUUGUUUCCCUGUUUGCCUACGAACACAAUGAUAACAACAUGGGAACAACCUCAAAUAAGGAAAUUUGGUGGAGUCCGCAUGCGUUUAUUGCUAAAAAGAAGGGUGACGUAGAAAAUCAUGCUUUACUUUUAUGCUCACUCCUGUUAGGAUUUAAUAUGGACGCCUAUGUAUGUGUUGGAACUGAUGAAAAGGGAGCUAAAAUAUGGGUGAUGACACGUUCCAAAGAUAAUGAAAUAACAUUUUGGAAUAGUAUUACAGGUCAAAGAUUUGAACAUCAUUCUGAUAAACACAAGCUGCUGACUGUUGGCUGUGCUUUCAACCAUAACUGUUAUUAUGCCAAUAUUCAAAAGACUGAUAAUGUGAGCGAUUGCAUUUUUGAUAUGGAAAACGAAACACUGUGGAAAAGUAUGAGUCAAAUGAAACUGUCGCUUGUCAGAAAGUUAGAUCCUGUAACAUUCAUUCCACCUAGAGUGAAUAGUGCACAGUUAGAGAAGGAAACCGAAAUAGCUUUGAAAAAGGCAAUAGGAGACUUGAGAAAAGAUCUUGGUUUGAACACUUCAUGGGAUGACAAUUUAGGAUUUGUUCUCUCAACUGCACUGCAGGCCUAUGAAGUUUCCCAUAUCAGCAACUCGGCAAGCAGCUCCUUAAUGGACGAGUUCAAUGAAGUCAUCAAAAAUAUUAUACCACCAAAACAUACAUUUAAGGCUUUCCCAAUUCAAUUGAAUCAUACCUCAGUGAAACGAAUAAUCAAUACGUGUCAGCGACACAAAAACUUUAAAAACAUUCUGGAGAGUGUUGGUGAUCGUGUGCGAUUUGGAAUUCGAGUUAAAAUAUUUACCUACCCAGAAGAUGUUCAAGCAGUUUGGCUAAUGAUUUGUAAUGUGUAUCUUAACGUUUAA